AUGCAGCUGAACUCUGGAAAGGAAAACAUAUCAAUCGGACCUCCACAUUCCAGUGGAAACUCGUCAUCUCGUACGAAUGCUGUUCCCUCGAGAUUCCUGAACCUCACCAAUGACUUCGAGUUCGCUGGCUGGGGUUCUAUCUUUCAUCUCACCCUUGCACCUGAAGAUAUAUGUCAAGGUGAAGUUGAACGCAAAUUUUUCCGAGAGCAGCAAGUCCUUGGGCAGUUCACAGCCAGCGCGCUUGCAGCCAAUGACAUUCUUGGUGGUGUAUUCUACACUCUGCCAAGCGUUGUCGCUGUCGCUGGUGUCUAUUCUCCUAUUUCGCUCUUUGUGGCAGCUCUAACUUUAUUUCUCUGGCGUCCUGUCAUGGAAGAAAUGGCUUCUGCUCUUCCGAUUAGUGGGGCUUCUUAUACCUACCUACUUAACGUAUCAACAAAAUCUGUGGCUCUUCUCGGGGCAGCGCUCCUGCUUCUCGAUUUCUCAGCCACAGCAGUAGUUUCGGCUGCGACUGCGGCAUCAUAUCUUGCAGGCGAAGUCUCGCUACCAUUCCCAGUCUAUGUUGGCGCUGGCCUUGUUUUUGUGCUGUUCACUUUCGUCAGCCUUUCAGGCUUGCGAGAAAGUUCCCGCGUAGCAACUGGUGUACUGGUGAUGCACGCUGCGGUGAUGCUCAUGCUUACUGUGGCUUCUGUCAUUGCUUGGGGACGAGGCGGGACAGCUCAGCUAAGUUCCAACUGGUCUUUGGGGCACGUUGGAUUGUCUCCAGCAGCUAUAGCCCGACAGGUGUUCAAUGGCGUAUGCAUAGGGAUGCUUGGACUGACUGGAUUUGAAUGCGCACCCGCAUAUACAGCAAAGAUGAAGCAGAACUGUUAUCCCAAGGUUCUGCGCAACUUGCAUUUAUCUGCGCUUGUCCUAAAUAGCGGGAUGAUGCUCCUUGUUGUGGCAUUAUUGCCCCUCGACGUGGUCGGAAGUGGCAACAAUAUCCUCAGUUUGCUGGCUCAAAGGGUUGCUGGACGGUGGUUACGAAUAAUAGUCGUAGUGGACGCCGUUGUUGUGCUUUGUGCGGGUGUGCUCACAGGAAUCUUGAGCGCCUGUGAGCUAUUUGUUAAGCUGUCAUGUGAUCGCGUCAUUCCUCGCGUAUUUCUUGCUACGAUGCCGGUAACAGGCGCUCCUUAUGUCACAGUCUUUUCAUUCAUUGCAUUCAGUGCAUUAAUAUAUGCAAGCACGGGCGCCGACCUGAUUGUGGUAUCCCAGAUGUUUACGAUGGUGUGGUUGGCCGUCAUGGCGCUCUUCCCCAUCUCUCUCAUACUCCUCCGUUUCUCACGACCUCGACUUCCUCGUGCAUCGCAAUGCUCACUGUUUGUUGUUGCUGGUGCUAUUGGUGUCACUGUAACUGUAGUUGGAGGCAACGUGGCCAUCGAUCCUACUAUAGCAGGAUGGUUUGCUCUGUACCUUACGAUUCUUCUCAUCUUGUUCUACCUGUCGCAGAAUAAGGUAACUAUGCUGCGGUGGAUAUACUGGGCGUAUGACCAGCUUCCCUGGCUGCAUAGACUGCGGCUUACUAAAGGGUGGGGUGACGGUCUGAUCCGGUGUAUGAGAAGCCUGCGUAGGCAGGAGGUUUGUUUGCUAGUUAAAACCGAUGAGAUUAACAAUUUGUUCAACAUGAUUCUUUACGUCCGGCAUAAUGAAGAAACGUCAUGUCUGAAGAUAGUGCAUUUUCAUAGCGGGGAUAUCCCUUCCGAGAUGGAGGCCAAUGCGAAAAGCAAGCCUAUAUUGAUACCUUUCUUUCUUGACGAAGCCUUUCCUGAAAUCACUGUAGACCUGAUGCUUGUUAAGGGUCGAUUUGAUCCAAAAAAUCUGGCCGCCCUAGCACACCAUUUGAAGAUUCCGCGGUCUCUCAUGUUCAUGAGCAGCCCAGGCCCGAACUUCCAGUACCCUGUGGCGGAGCUUGGAACGCGCAUCAUUUCGAUCUAA